AUGGCCGAAGAAAUGCCUCACCCUACCAUCAAGGUAGGCAAUCAUGAGGCUUACAUGGAAUAUGCUCUCGAGAAGGCACGACUCUCACCUCCAGCACCUACAAAAUUCUGUGUCGGAGCGGCCCUUGUCGACGGCGACAGUGGUGAGAUUCUGUCGACAGGUUACUCAUUGGAAUUGCCCGAUGAUAGACCAGGAGACCCUGGCUCGACACACUCUGAACACUGCUGCCUCAUCAAAGUCGCCGAGCGACACAACGUCCCAGAUGAUCAGGUCGGCAAAGUAUUACCCGAGAACACGGUUCUUUACACGACCAUGGAACCAUGCAACGAGCGGCUGAGCGGCAAUCGAACUUGCGUGGAGAGAAUCCUCGCGCUCAAAGACAAGAUCAAACUGGUCUAUGUGGGCAUCACAGAACCUGGAACAUUCAUCGGUGUCAAUGAAGGCAGAAAGCGGCUUGAAGAGGCGGGUGUCGAGGUCAGACAAGUUGAGAAUCAAGAGCUUCGAGACCGGAUAUUCAAAGCCUCUACGGCAGGACAUGAUCAAUAG